AUCAUUGUCUUGCCGGUCUAGCUGCCAUCGCAAUUUCGUCGUCAUCGAUUUGCCGCUAUCAAUAUCAACAACCCCUGUCUCUCUCUCCUAUACAACCAAGAGGACCCCAGAGCAACCACAACACUGAGGAGUAUUUACCUAGUCAACACGCUUCUCGCCGUGCCUCAUCAUGGCCGGCCGCAUGCCCUGGAGUUCGGGGGGGCGUUCGCGCUAUGCUCGCCAUUCCAAGCUUCCCAUGUACGAGAAACCUCGCACGCCGAGCGGAGACCGCCUGAGCAACGAUUCUUACGACGACUCCGACUAUGACGAAUAUUCCAGUACAUCGUCGCCAGAAACAAGUAACUCAUUUCAUAGCUCCACCACUUCAUCCCUUGCUGUCCCCAUCUUGUCCAAGCGACGCCUAGCAGUCCCAAGAGCCUCGGGGCGACCAUACUUUUACCGUCUGCCGAACAGGGUCAUCCGAUACCUGUGUUUCGGUCUGGUGUCAUUCAUCAUUCUAAUGAUAUUAACACUGGCUCGGGCGAGCCACAAUGAGAACAAGGCUCUUGUCGAAGGCAAGAUAGAGAAGCCGCCGCCGCCCCCUCAUGUGUGGGAAUCUUAUCCUUUACUCCUGAGAUAUUAUGGUGGAAUAAGAAAUCUGAUUCCAGCUGCCCAAAACAAACCAGAAUAUCCACGCGCUGAAGAUGAGGUGCCCCUGGAUAAGCUGGCGUUCGUCCCGGGCGACCAGAACUCUGAGGAUGCUGAAUCCCAGAGACGGGCCAUGGCCUCGAGCAAAGAAUUUCUCGCUCACCCUCAGAGUGUUUUCAAAACCACACCUGAAACCAUGAAUGAAUGCUUUCUAGAUAUGGAACGGAAAAUAAGGGUGCCGCCAAUCCGCUAUUACGAUGGGGUGCCUAGUGGCUUUCCAGAUGCUGCCCUAGGCUCUCAUGAGCUUUUUGACUUUCCUAAAGAAAUAUGUUUCGAGCGCUAUGGGAGAUACGGGCCUUACGGUCUCGGCUACUCUGCCAGAUCUGGCGGUCUUGGCGCUGGAGAGCACGGUGAUACGGAGGGCUUCGAGUCUACAUGGGAAAAAGUGCCUCGGGUUGAUUGGAAGUCAAUGAACUGGGCUGAGAUUCAACGACAAUGUUAUCAAGCAAAUUCUGCUCGCUACAAACCUCUACCACCAAGACAACCCAUGCCACAUGGCUUCUUCAUCGAUGAGAACAAGAUUCGGAAGGGCCUCAGUGCUCGCGACAUCACACUCGACGAAUCCUCGCUUCCUGAGACCGUAAAUAUCCAAACCAGCAAGCCUACGGGGGAGCCUCACAUAAAGGACAAGCCCAGCAGUACUAAGGAUAAUGCUCCGGCUCUGCCUAGGACAGCUAUUGUUGUACGGUGCUGGGACGAGUUUCUAUGGAGAGAAGAGGAUGUCAUGAAUAUGCGCUCCCUAAUAACUGAAAUGGUAUUAGCUUCAGGUGGUCGCUAUGAUGUGCACCUACUGGUUCAGGUCAGGAAUGAUGCAGCUCAUCCGAUUUGGGCCGAUUCGGAUACCUAUCGCCGUAGAAUCGAGGAAGCCAUACCUGCAGAAUUCCGGGGGAUAGUCACACUGUGGACAGAGACUCAGAUGCUGGCCCUCUACCAAGGUAUAUAUGACCUUUGGACCAAGGGGCCAGGACUACCUGUACAUGGUGUCUACCGCGGCUUGCAGAUGGCCAUGCAAUACUUCGCCUAUCAGCACCCCGAAUAUGAUUAUUAUUGGCAAUGGGAAAUGGACAUCCGUUACACCGGUCACUACUACGACUUGUUCUCGAAGAUGGAAAGAUGGGCAAAAGAGCAGCCACGAAAGGGACUCUGGGAACGAAAUGCCCGAUUCUAUGUGCCCUCUGUACACGGGUCAUGGGAGGACUUCAAGCAAAUGGCUAGGGUGCAGAGCGAAAUGGGAGUCAAGGGGUCUGACAACGUAUGGGACGGUGUCCCUGGUACAGAAAAAGACCAACAACAGAACCGUGGUGACAAGCUCAUUUGGGGUCCAGAGCGACCCAAAGACCCAAAAGAUUGGCUUGAUCCCGACAAUGAUCCCACGCCACCAACUAGCUACGAAAAAGACAAGUACGUUUGGGGAGUGGGUGAGGAGGCAGACUACAUCACCCUGAACCCGUUGUUCGAUCCUGAACACACCUCUUGGGCUCUCGCAGACGACAUUACUGGCUAUAAUGAGGGCGAUGGGAAUGGCAAGCCGCCACGUCGUGUCCACAUAGUUGCGGCCUCGCGCAUGUCACGUCGUCUCCUGCUAGCAAUGCACAAAGAAACUGCUUUCUUGAAGCAUCAUGCCUUCCCUGAAAUGUGGGCAGGAACUGUUGCCUUGCAGCAUGGGUUCAAGGCUGUGUUCGUACCGCACCCACUUUAUGUUGACCGCGAGUGGCCAACUGAAUAUUUAGCGCAAACUCUCAAUAAUGGCAAGAAUGGCGCCAGCGGCGGUUCUCGUUCUUCGGUCUUUGGCGACCGCGAACAUAACCUGGAAGGAUUGACCUGGUUCUAUCGCUCCGCGUUGUCGCCCAAUCUCUACAAUAGAUGGCUUGGUCUCUCGGUCAAUAACGUUGGCGGCGAGGAAUUCGAGCUGAUUGUUGACGAGAGCAAGAAUGGGACUAGCAUAGAAGAGAUGCGCGGUGGCGAAGGUCGUAUGUGUCUACCACCUAUGCUGAUCCAUCCGGUGAAAGACGUAGAGCUUCCCGUCGAGGAGCAGCAGUUGCCAGAGGUUGAGAUCCCAGAGUCUGAUCCGGCCGCCUAGCAGGAAUGAACCUAAACGUAACUGGUUUACAUUACAUAGCAUUAAUGGUUCCUAAUUUGGGUCUCACUCGGCGUCGCGGAUACAUAUAUGCCAUGGUCAGGCACAUGAGGCGUUGGCGGGUGUGAUUAGGCGCUCGGGAUACCUCUUUUUGCUUAUUCUUUCUUUAUCCCUCUCUCUCUCUCUCACACACACAUUCACGUACUUUCUCGUGGAAUUAUGAACUCAUAAUCACCGAUGAGCAAAGGGACGGUGGCGGGGUUCAUGAUAUCUGGAUACCCGUGAAUACGGAUGCCGUGCGAAUGAUUAAUCAUAGAUUUUGUGUAUCUAUGUUAGCACAAAGAGAAGUACCCUGGGCUUCCUUUGCGCUUUUCCGAAUGAAUAUGUAUAUACUUGUUAUAUCAUGGUGAUCUGCGAUCAAUAGAUCAAUGAUCAUUUGUAUAAAAUACGAUAGCAUGGUACCGUGUAGUUGGUUUGGGGCUUAUCAGUUGAUAGAGUGGGAUAUACCCUCA